CCGCUCCCCCCGCACUACAUUUCCCGGCGUGCCGGGCAGGGCCGGGCCGCGCGGAGCGGGCGAGCCCGGGCGCUGGUGCUGCCCGGGGCGGGGAGAGCGGAGCCGGGCAGGGCAGGUGGGUCUGGCGCAGCCCCAUGGAGCGGGGGAAGAUGGCGGAGCUGGAGAGCCUGGAGACGGCGGCGGAGCAUGAGCGGAUCCUGCGGGAGAUCGAGAGCACCGACACGGCCUGUAUCGGCCCCACGCUCAGGUCUGUGUACGAUGGCGAAGAACACGGGCGCUUCAUGGAGAAACUGGAGGCGCGGAUCAGAAACCACGACCGCGAGAUCGAGAAAAUGUGCAACUUCCAUUACCAGGGGUUUGUGGACUCUAUCACCGAGCUGCUCAAAGUUCGAGGAGAAGCUCAGAAACUCAAGAAUCAAGUGACGGACACCAACCGAAAGCUGCAGAAUGAAGGAAAAGAACUGAUCAUAGCAAUGGAAGAGCUGAAGCAAUGCCGAUUACAACAGCGGAAUAUUUCGGCGACGGUCGAUAAGCUGACGCUGUGUCUUCCCGUCCUGGAGAUGUACAGCAAACUGCGGGAGCAAAUGAAAUCUAAAAGACACUACCCAGCGCUGAAGACCCUGGAGCACCUGGAGCACACGUACCUGCCCCAGGUGAGCCACUACCGCUUCUGCAAGAUCAUGGUGGACAACAUCCCAAAGCUGCGGGAGGAGAUCAAAGAAGUCUCCAUGUCAGACCUCAAGGAUUUCCUGGAGAGCAUCCGUAAGCACUCGGACAAGAUUGGAGAGACGGCGAUGAAACAGGAUUGCAGAUACAAUCAGUGGAAAAUAAUUGCCAAGAUAUUCUUCAGUCUUCUGCUCUCUCCAAAUAUCAAGGCACAGCAGCAAAGAAACCUGGACAAUAUUGUAUCCCAGCAUCCCAGGAUAAGCGGGGGAAAGAAGUCCAAGAAAGAAGUCUUCGCAAGCUCAGAUCUGGAGGUAAAAAACACUAGCCCCAUGUCUGAGCAGGAUUCGGGUAUCCUGGAUGUUGAAGAUGAGGAUGAGGAUGAAGAGGUGCCGGGGGCCCAGGACCUGGUGGAUUUCUCACCCGUGUACCGAUGCCUGCACAUAUACUCUGUCCUGGGUGCCCGAGAAACUUUCGAGAACUACUAUAGGAAGCAGAGAAGAAAACAAGCCAGAUUGGUCCUGCAACCACCUUCAAACAUGCAUGAAACUUUAGAUGGCUACAGGAAGUAUUUUAAUCAAAUUGUAGGGUUUUUUGUGGUUGAAGAUCACAUCUUGCAUACGACGCAGGGCUUGGUAAAUCGAGCCUAUAUCGAUGAGCUGUGGGAGAUGGCCUUAUCAAAAACCAUUGCAGCUUUAAGAACACAUUCGUCCUACUGCUCGGACCCGAGCCUGGUGUUAGACUUGAAGAACCUCAUCGUCCUCUUCGCAGAUACGCUCCAGGGAUACGGCUUCCCGGUGAACCAGCUCUUUGACAUGCUCCUGGAGAUCCAAGACCAGUACAGCGAAACCCUGCUCAAAAAAUGGUCGGGAGUCUUCAGAAAUAUACUUGAUUCGGAUAACUACAGUCCCAUCCCAGUCACGAAUGAAGAGGUUUAUAAGAAAAUAGUUGGACAGUUCCCAUUCCAGGAUGCAGAACUCGAGAAGCAGCCGUUUCCAAAGAAGUUCCCUUUUUCUGAGUUUGUGCCUAAAGUUUACAAUCAGAUUAAGGAAUUCAUCUACGCCUGUCUGAAGUUUUCGGAAGACCUUCAUCUGAGCUCCACCGAAGUCGAUGAUAUGAUCAGAAAAUCUACAAACCUGCUGCUGACCCGAACGCUGAGCAACUGUUUACAGAACGUCAUCAAGAGGAAAAACGUCGGGCUGACCGAGCUCGUACAGAUUAUUAUAAACACCACCCACUUGGAGAAAUCCUGCAAGUUCCUGGAGGAGUUCAUAACCAACAUCACUAAUGUGCUUCCAGAAACCGUCCACACUACCAAACUCUACGGGACCACCACCUUCAAGGACGCUCGCCAUGCUGCCGAGGAGGAGAUUUACACCAACCUGAACCAGAAGAUCGACCAGUUCUUGCAGCUGGCGGACUACGACUGGAUGGCCAUGGAACCAGGCAGCAAGGCCAGCGACUACCUGGUGGAUCUCAUUGGCUUUCUACGCAGCACGUUCGCCGUGUUCACCCACCUCCCGGGGGAUGUAGAUGUCCACUCUACCAUGUCGGGGAAGGUGGCGCAGACAGCCUGCAUGUCGGCAUGCAAGCACCUCUCCACCUCGCUGAUGCAGCUGCUGCUGGAGGCCGAAGUGCGGCAGCUGACGCUGGGCGCCCUGCAGCAGUUCAACCUGGACGUGGAGGAGUGCGAACAGUUUGCCAGAUCCGGCCCAGUGCCUGGGUUCCAAGGGGACACGCUGCAGUUGGCCUUCAUCGACUUGAGACAACUCUUAGAUCUGUUCAUCCAGUGGGACUGGUCGACGUAUUUGGCAGACUACGGGCAACCCACGUGCAAGUACCUUCGCGUGAACCCGACGACAGCCCUCGUCCUGCUGGAAAAGAUGAGAGACACGAGCAGGAAGAACAAUGUUUUCGCCCAGUUUCGGAAGAACGAGAGGGACAAGCAGAAGCUGAUAGACACCGUGGCCAAGCAGCUCCGCGGCCUCAUCAACAGCCACCACUCGUGAGGGACCAGGGGGCGCCUGCCCGGCCCCGCUCCGCAGCCUUCCACGUGCCUGGACUUGGGAUUCUUGUGCAAAGAGAAUAUAUAUAUAUAUAUAUAUGUAUUUUUUUAUUCACCUGUAUAGUAUUCAUGAAACCUACCCCUGACGGCAAAACGUUCCUUGUUAAACAAUCCCGGGGAAGGUGGAUGGCGCCGCUUGGGAAGGUGGUGUCGGGAGCCUCUUCUUAUAAACUCCUAUUUUCAGGGGUUUAUAAAGUGACGGUAAAUCCUGAAAUGUGAGAGAGAACUUCACACCCAGACUAUUUUCUUUUCUUUCUUUUCUUUUUUUUUAAGAAGUCAAAUGGAUAGAAUCGGUCUGACUUUCGUUGACUUAUUCAGUUGCAGAACACGUGAAAACAAAAAGGUAUAGAGAGGAAUCGUGGUUUCAGGUUCUUCUCACGGGCACAUGUUUAGAAAGUCACCCGUUAGCUUGUCUUGCCAACUUGCUUAUUAAAUCUAGGUAGGAAAAGAGGGAAACUGGUUUCCCAACGUUUCUCCUCUUUUUCCUGGAAGGGCUGAUUUCCACCUUUAGCUGGAGCCGCAACCCUUUCCCCCACGUCUCUAAUCAGCAUUGCCACCCUCCGAGCUCCAUCUCUAGGACCUGACGGUGUCCUUUGGAUCUGCACUGAACACAGAAUGGCUUUGAGAGCUGCCUCGUUAAUUAAAUGUGGAAACGGAGAGCAGGAAGGUGAUCUGACAGGAGUCCUGGUGCUGGGACGCUGGGACCACGUCCCGCAGGCUUGGGUAGCAGGAGAGGAGGGAUGCUCGGCGGGGACAGCGCAGACGUGGCUCUCCUGGUGUCCAGGGUUAUUUUCCGAUCUUUGCACCUCUUUUCCACGCUGAUGUCCCAUCUCCCCUCUCCUCCUGACACACCAGAAUGGGGUGAUGUCCCCCCGCUUCCCACGAGCGCCCCGUCUCUCACUGUGCAUGGAGCAGCCCUGCAAAACUCGCCCUGGGCAGGAUGGUGAGAAGGCACCUCCUGGAGGUCCCCGAGGUGGAGAUGGCCCAUGGAGCAGCAUCGCUCAGCAACGCCCAGCUUGGGAGUGCACAUGGAAAACGUUCUUCUCUCUGGCUCUGAAGUUGCCCAAACGUCAUCUGCUCAAAUCAAGACAGUAACGCUACCAACAGGACUUGAAUCCCAGGAUUCAGAUUACAGCAAGAGGGGACUUUCACCCUUCUCAUUACCUGGUUGACUCUGUAAUUAGAGUGAAAGCUUAUCCAGCUGGUUCCUCCACCUCCUGAAAUCCGGUGUUAAAGGGAAUUCAAAUCUUCCUGGUGUGUGUUACGGCCCUGAUGGUGCUGGUUCAGCAGGGGCACGAGCUGUGCCCAUUUCCUACCCUCAUUUGGAGGUGGUGGGUGCUCAGCCCUCAAACCACUUCUGGAAACAGUGGGAAGUUCCUUCUCCUUCUUCUCCUUCUCCUUCUCCUUCUCCUUCUCCUUCUCCUUCUCCUUCUCCUUCUCCUUCUCCUUCUCCUUCUCCUUCUCCUUCUCCUUCUCCUUCUCCUUCUCCUUCUCCUUCUCCUUCUCCUUCUCCUCCUCCUUUAUUCCUUCUCCUCCUCCUUUAUUCCUUCUCCUUCGUUCCUUCUCCUUCACAUCCCUUGGCACAGACUCCUAGAGCUACGAAGGGGCAGGACUGCUUAAAUGUCACCACGUGGGGUUUGCAGAAGGGCAGCAACACUUUCUUGAUGCACUCAGUCCCUUCCCUCUCUCCCCAUGUGCACUUUUUGCUCGGCGUUUCUCGCAUGAGGAGCUCUUCUGACAUGGAAGCACAAAGGGGAUGGUGCUUUAUCUUCCCUCCUUGCUCCUUGUCAAUACUUUUUGUUUGCUUUUUGAUAAGGGUAUGUGUUAAUUAACCCUGAUAGUAAAUAGGCACGUUGUCAGCAGUGACCUUGUGGGGCUGUCAUCCUGUCCCAGCAGCCUCCAGCCACAGGGACCAGUGAAUUAUUUUGAUUAAUAAGAGGGAAGAACCAAACCUGGCCUUAUGGUUCCUUGCUUUUGGGCAGGGAUCAGAGGUGACGUUUUUCUUAAUUCCAAGUAUAUGUGAGAAGGAUGGAGGGAAAAAGAAGCAGCUGAAUGAAAGUUGGUGUUAGCAUGGCCAGAAAGAGAUCAUCUCCACAGAUACAUCUACAUACGAGCCAGCAAAGGCUUUCAGAAGGACGGGUGAAAAUGAACGUGGUCUGUUCCCUGCUAGCGACCUCCCUCCUCCUCUCUAGAACACUGGACCUGAGCAUGAACCAGCCUGGCCUUGGUCUUGGCAUCCCAAAUCCUGCACGACCAAGAAGGAAGAAUUGCCUGGCUUGCUGGACUCCAAAUUUCUGGGGAAGGAAGCAAAGUGGUCCUUAUGGUCCUGGCAGCGAUGGGAGAGCCCUCAGCCCUCCAGCCAGGACACGUCCCACAAGUUACAGGACCACAGGACACAUUUCUCCUCCCCAUCCCUCGGCAGUGUCACCACGGGACAAACGUGGGGACAAGGGUGUGAAGCGGGGGGCAAAAGCAGGUGGGACCCGCUGGUUCAAGCAUCAAACCUGAGCUCCUGCUGGAGGCUGGAGAUGGAAACAAAAACCCCAGUGGUGACAGUAGCAGGGGAAGCUUCACUCCACAGGGCACUUGGGUUGAGGGCCAUUAAAUAGUGACAAGCACUUUAAAAUCCUUUGGAAUCAAGCUGCUACAGAUGCUGGCAACGGCAUCACCGAGCGUGACACAUAAGGCACCCCAGCAUUUCCAGUUUUUAUUAGUGGGAGGAUAGACUGUCAAACACAAUUUUCAGUGGCUUUUGUCAGCCGUUUGCUUUGCUGCUGGCGAGGCAGAGCUUUGCAGCCCAGGAUAUUUAUCUCUCUCCCAUGAUAAGUGUGGGAUGAAGAGAGAAGGAGCAAACACCGCCGGGCAGCGUCACCUCUGCACCCCGAAACACUGGGAAAGGCCUUUGUGCUGCUCUAAAAAGCAUCCAGCUCCUGCCACAGCCUUGAAACUCCGUUUCUUUUUCCCCAAGGUGUAACCCCUCCAUUGCACUCUAUAAAAACCCCAAAGCACGUGGGGCUUGAGGCCAGACCUUAUUUCAGAUGCUCCAGCCGCCUCCCGGCCAUCCCCAUCCCACAUCUGGGCUUUCCCACCCAUCUGCACCGAGGUUUAAUUAUAAAAAGGGAGCGACACGGCAUUGCCGUCCCUGCCUAGGAUGCAUUUCCUCACUCUUUUAAGCUCUGCUCGCAGAGGCCGGGAUUGGGAUCCUGCAAACCGGCUCCUGGCGCUCAGGACCCACUGCUGGGAAAGUCAAACGCGGCCAAGGGAAGAGAUUCGGCGAGUUUCUGAUUUCGGGAGGUCAAGCGCCCAACCGCAAGUCACAGAACGGGAUGAAAAAUGGCAUUUUGGUGCUCUGGUCCUAAUUAACUUUUUGUUCUGAGAGAUGCAGUUCCAUCCCUUCAAAACAGAAUUAAUCUUUUAAACAGAUUGCUUAAAAAGCCCUGGAAGACAUUUAAAAUCCCCUCUAAAUCUCUUACUAAUGAUCGGUAUCCUCCGAUACGGAUGGUAUUGCUUACGAGGGAGAGGUUGUUGCUAUGAAUUUAUAAGUGGGGGGUGGGAAACAGGGGCAGAACCUGCUGCUGUAAUCAAAGAUUCGCAACCCCCAGAACAAAUAAUGCUGCUCUUAACACCUCCGUGUACAUACAUUGAACCUUCCUUAGGUUUCUUUUUAAGCAGUGGCUGUAGGAAAGACUGGGUUAUGUCCCCCUCAUCCCCCACCCAGCAAACAGCUCAGCAUCAGUGGGGAAAGUGCAAGGCAGCCCAGGGAUCGGGAAUUAUUGUAUAUAAGGUUAGAAACUGCACCUAUACAUUAGGGGUUGGCCUCUGUUAGACUCCAGCGUGUGCAAGAGGGAAGAGGAAAUUUUUCUGGGUGUUUUCUUGUUGUUUCUAGGGCUGGAGUUCAAGUCAGAUGCUCUUGGCUAUUUGCACUUUGUUCUACGUCCAGCCGCAGCUCCGGCGACGGGAGCGGGACAAGCCGGACGGUGCUUUGUCCGAGGGGCUGGUUUGGUUUCGUUUUCUUGAAAACCAUCCACUUUUGUGCCACUAUUAAAACAGGCAUUUGGGCAGAACGUGCGGAUGUUUGCAAACGGUUUGCAAGGUGCUGGGAGGCAGCGCGGAAAGCAGGGGGGUGAGAUGGAGCUGCUGGCGGCACAUCCCGCGCCCAAGCUGUUUUAUGGGCAAAAUCCUUUACCCCCCAAGGUGGGAUGGGGCAGCUGAGGAGAUUUGUGGCCCUCCAGCAUCCCCUCAAACCAGGAUUCACACCCAACGCAAGGAAAUCUUGGCCCGUGGUUGGUUCCUACCUCUCCGCCAUGCCGCUAUUUGGCUUUUCCCUUUAAUGCCGCUUUGGGUUCGGUGCUUUUCUUUUGAAGCAUCAAGUGGUUUGGAGCAUCAAACCACCAGCUGGGGCCAUGUCCUACCCCCAGGUGCUGGGGGGUUUUCUGGGGGUGUGCACCCGAUUUUCUUAGUGCCAUGAACACCCCUCUGUGUUUUCCCCCCCAGCAGCAAAACUCGUGUGGUUAUCACUCUGCUGGGGAGCUCAAAGGGAACACAAAUAAAUCCCAUCCCAAAUGACUUCAAGAUGGGCCCAUCCCAACUGGGAAAACUGCGCUUUUUAAGCUAAGCGACCCAAAUACACCCCGCUCUGGGUGGGAUUCACCCCAAAAAACAGCGGAUGGAGAAGGGGGAGGCUCAGGUUGUGACCUGGGGACCGGUUGAUGUCCCUCAUCCCUCUGAUGUUGUUUUGACAUGAGAACACCCCCAUCCCCAUCCCCAGUGUCGCUGGCUGUUUCUGUUGCCUUUCUUCAAUUCUUUUAGGGGGGAAGGACAUAAUUUUGUAAACUAAUGUGGUGAAAACAGCUUUUUUUGCACAAGUCAUUGCACAAUAAGGGGAAAAUUUAGUAAAUUAGGUUUAACUUUAAAGGGAACAUUUUUUUUUUAAUUGUUAAAACUCACUAGCAGAGCUACUGAUUAAAAGAGAUGGACUGAUUAAAAACGGACUGCAUGGUUUACAGGUGACAUUGCAUUAGAAAUGAGCAUGUUGAUUUUGACUGUACAUUUAUCCUGUUGUAACUCCUAUUAAACAAUACAGCGUAUAACGGUUUCAA